AUGUGCAAGCGAGGACAGCAAGGUGAGACAGCAAAUGGGGAGCCGAAGGGAACACAACGGGCAUACGAUGUGCAACAGCAAUAUCAGCAAGGGACAACUAGCAAGGGCGAAUCAACUGAGCCCUUUUUCCCCUCCUGUCCUUCUUCUCCUCAAAGCUCCUUCUUCUUCUUCCCCUCUGCUUCUUCUCGCCGCCUUCUCUCCUCCCAUACCCUCCUGCGCCGCCGUCUGACAACAGGCACGUCAAUGGUGGCAUGGGAGGGAUUACAGGCGAGGUCAAGUCAAUCGAGUUUUUCUUAUGGUAAUGCUGCUCGCCCCACACUCUUCUUCUCUGCCCCCAAUUUCCCUCUGUCGGCCUCUCGGUUGAAUCUCCUCUCUGUUUCUCAUUUCGUUUACCUUCGCUCCUCUACCUUCAGAUGCCUUAUUUCUGGACUCUUCCUCUCCUCUUUCCUCACGUUAUUGAUCUCUCCGCUCUUCCUCUUCUCAUUCUUUACAUGCCUUUUUCCCUGGUAUUCCUCCUUCAGAUCUGAUCAGCAGCAGUGGGCGGGGCAGCAUUUUGGCAGCAGAAUUGGAGCACGAGCGUGCACAAGAAUAGCACGUGCUUUGAGGACUUUUCUAGUGGAUUGGACUGGUGAGGCAGGGAUUGUGUUUGCCUGGUGGAACCCACUGGAGUGGCCAACUGGUGAAAAACUUAUCGGUAUCUCUCUAGGACAACCACGUGCUUGCAAGACGGAAGAUGAAGAACAAAUAUUCUAG